GCGCCGAAACACCGAUAGACACUCAGACGAAAGAGCCAUGGCGGCCACGGGUGGAGGGAAAAUCAGAAGCAGGAGAUAUCAUAUCGCCUCUAAACCUUACGCCAAGAGCAAACAGCAGCAGUCAGGCCUCAUCAGUCGAGUGACAGACACAGUAAAGAGCAUAGUUCCUUCCUGGCUGCAGAAAUACUUCAAGAAUGAAGAUGCUGCUGAAGGAGAGGGGGCUGUACUGGGGACAAACCAGAACUGCCAGCCACCUCAACCUCCUAAUGGCAGCGAAGAGGGACCUCCUCCUAUUGAUGGGCGUGAUUCCCCAGAACCAAGCACCAGUAACACAGAGCCCUCAACUAGCCGGGCUUCCCUGAACUUUCAGGACUAUGUGCUUUCUCGACCACCCCUGAGUCGAUCCCACCUCCACUUCUCUCCGCUGGAUGUCUCCUCCCCGACCCUGGGGGCCUCCAGCAGCCUCUUCUCCCAACCCUCUACCUCCUCAGCCCCUGGACCCUUUUCCACAGGCUUCUCCUUGGUCAAAGAGAUCAAGGAUAACCUCUCACAGCACGAAGAUGAUAACAUCUCCACCACUAGCGGCUUCUCCUCCCGCGCCUCAGACAAAGAUGUGCCCACUUCCAAAACAGCAUCACUUCCCCAGCUUUGGUCCCCAGAGACGGACAGAACACAUUCUGGGUCCCAACAUGCCCAGUCCAGUCUGAAAAAGCCUGCGUUCAACCUGUCUGUAUUUGGAACUUCAUCCAAUUCGUCAUUGAACAGCACAGUGCUAAACUCCAGCCAGCUUGGAGAUUCACCCUUCUACCCCGGGAAGACCAUGUAUGGUGGGGCAGCUGCAGUCAGGAGCUCUCGUGCUCGUCCUGGAACACCGUACCAGGCUCCAGUGAGAAGACAGAUCAAGGCCAAGCCUGCUGGUGCUCAGCCCUGUGGGGUGACCAGCGCAACAGCCAGACGCAUCCUGCAGUCUUUGGAGCGAAUGUCGAGCCCGCUGGCUGAUGCCAGAAGAAUCCCAGCAGCAGCCUCAUCCCCGCUGUCAGCAUCAAUGGAUGGCACAAAUCUAGAUGUUCCAUCUUUCCAGUCGAAAAAGAAACGUAUGGAUUCCAGCCUCCCACCGGUGCAGAAACUGGUGGUUCCUUCUGCAGCGUCAGUGUCAGGAAACCGCUCUGUGUCCUUCAGGCCUACUUUGACUCCUGGAGGAGUGAGCAGAACUCUGGACAGGACCCCAAGAGAAACGCCCACAAGACAAUCACCGCAGCUACCUGAAGUAACACCAGGUCCAUCUCAAAGCACAAUGGGUUCCAGUGUCCCAGUCUAUCCUCUGUCCAGCACGCCUGCAGCCAGCGGCGCAGGCUCUGGAGGGGGCAAGAUGAAAAGGGAAAGGACCAGUACACGGCCUUCCUCUAAACGCCCUGAAGAGGAAGAGGUGGCUGAGGUACCGGACCUACCAACCAUUUCACUUCCCAUCAGCACCUCCGCCUUGCCCACCUUCAGCUUCUCCUCCCCUCUUCCACCACUCACAACCUCCACCACCGUCAGCCCGGCCCCCAGCGUCACACCUGUUACUCCUGCUAAGGAAACCAUCAUAAAUAAGGAGCCACCAGCAGCCUCAACACCUCCCUGUGUACCCUUUACAUUUUCCUCCCCUAUUGUCAAAGCAACUGCUGCUAGUCCUCCUUCCUUUUCCCCCUCAGCUGGAUUCACUUUUAGUGCACCUGUAGCAAAGUUAGGUCCCUCCAUGUCAAAUGGGAAGCUGGCCUCUCCCAUAGCAGCAGCAGUGAAGUCGGCAACAAGCAAUAGCACAGAAGAUUUUGAAGGACCGUUCAAACCAGCCAAGACACUGAAGCAGGGCAGUGUGCUGGAUCUUCUCAAAGCACCCGGCUUUGCUUCUCCUGUCGCUCGGACUUCCCCAGGCCCUAACAACGAUCUGCUGCAGACCUCCACACCAUCCACAGCACCCUUCUCCUCCUCCACCACCACAACAACCACCUCCUCCCUCUCUUCAACAGGGUUUGGUGACGUGUUCAAAGCCCCAUCAGGUUGGAGCUGUGAUGUCUGUUUGGUGCAGAACAAGUCAUCAGACACCAAGUGUGUUUGCUGCAUGACCCCUCAGCCCAAUUCCUCCCCAUUCAAAUCUACGGACAAUAAACCUUCAGCGGCCACUUCUGUUGUGCUGGAGAGCAGCAGCACCAACACCACCUCCACUACAACCACUGCAGCUUUUGGCACAAUGUUCUCCAAACCUGCAGGAACUUGGGACUGUGAUACGUGUCUUGUUCUAAACAAACCUGAUGCAGUAAAGUGUGUGGCCUGUGAAACUGCCAAGCCUGGGACAGGGCUUAAACCCUCACUGACUCUUCCUUCUGCCUUCUCAGCUGUUAAGACUGUAUCCACACCCACAGCCUCCGUUUCUACAGGGUUCUCUGGAUUUGCAGACAAGUUCAAAAAACCUGAGGGUGCAUGGGAAUGUGAUACGUGUUUGGUACAAAAUAAGGCAGAAGACACCAAGUGUGUGGCCUGCUCAACAACCAAACCAGGAGCAUCCGUAGAAGGCUCUUCUUCAGCCGGCAGUGCUCCAGUGUUUGGUUUGGGAGAUGCGUUCAAGAAGCCAGAGGGUUCCUGGGAAUGUGAUGUCUGUCUCGUGCAGAAUAAUGCUGCUGAUGUACAGUGUGUCGCCUGUCAGACGGCCAAACCUGGAGCUAAGGUUGAGCCUAAAGCUUUUGGUUCUUCUUUUGGUUCGUCAGCUGGUGGGACUUCGGGCUCUAGUUCUGGAGGGUUUAAGUUUGGCACAUCAGACAGUUCAUCAGGAUCAGGAUCUGGAGGUUUUAAGUUUGGAACAUCAGACAAUACAUCAGGAUCAGGAUCUGGAGGUUUUAAGUUUGGAGGCUCAUUGACCGAGUCCUCCUCUUCAUCAUCAGGUGGAUUCAAAUUUGGAGUUCCUUUUGGAAGCUCCUCAUCAGAAACCACUUCUAAAGACACUACUGCCACAUCAGGGUUCAAGUUUGGCAGCUCAUCUGAGGGCUUUAAAUUUGGGGCUGCCUCUAGUGAUGACAAAACGCCUGAUCAACCCGCCGCAGGUUCUGGGUUUAAGUUCGGGUCCAGCAGUGGGACAGCAUUUGGAACUGGAUCAUCGAGCACAGAAGGUAACUCCUCGAAGGGCGGCUUCACCUUUGGACUGUCAAAACCCGAAGAGAAAACAUCAGACACCAUCACUACCACCACCUCAUCCUCUGUAAGUUUCACUCCCGCUUCCUCUCAAGAGAAGAAUGACAGUGCAACAUCAUCAAAUGAUGCCACAUCCACAAACACAAACCCAACCACCACCACAACUACCACCACUGGGUCUGUAUUUGGGAGACUGGGUGUGCGUCCGGUACAACCAACGACAGAGACCGUCACAGUCUCUGCACUUGACAACGCAUUUGAGGAGCCGGCUGCUCCCACGUUUACCUUUGGAAAGCCAGAGGAAAAAAAGGAAGCCGCUGCCUCACCAGCUCCGUCUGCCUUCCUCUUCGGUGCUGCUAGUAAAGACGCAGAUGCUACAUCCGCACCGGCCACCUCAGGAGGCUUCUCCUUCAGCAAGCCCAGUGCUCCAACUGAACAACCUCCACCCCCUUACAAUUUUGGCAAGCCAGCAGACAAAACUGAAACAUCAACUGCAGAGGCCCCAAAGCCCUCUUUUACCUUUGGACAAAGUGCUGCAGAUUCUUCUGCUCCAAAACCAGCUUUUUCCUUUAUGGCUAGUAAUCCGACCAAUACAGUCGACUCGACCACCUCAUCAUCCACCACCCCGACGCCCAGUCUGUUCGGCACCACGGCCACCUCCACCAGCAGCAGCAGCAGCUCCACUCAGGCUCCUGCUCCUUCUGCAGCUCCUAGCACUUUCAUGUUCGGUCAGCCUGCUGCAGCCUCCAGUGAUGCUCCUCCAGCUAAAUCCUUCGUCUUUGGCCAGAGUCAGGACAGCCAGCCGCCUGCCCCGUCAGCUGCUCCUCUGAACUCUACUCAGGCCCCAGCCCCAUCUCAGCCCUUCAUCUUUGGUGCUCCUGCCAGUGCUGCUCCUCCUGCUGCUGCCGCUGCUCCAUCCUUCGGCUUUGGAGCAGCAGCACCCUCUGCUGCCUCGUCUUCAGCUCCAUCUGCAGCUCCAUUUGCAUUCAGCUCAACUCCCUCUGGUGGAUUCGGGGCCAACCAGACUCCUUCAUUUGGCUCAUCCUUUGGCUCCCCUUUCACAGCCACACCCUCCCAGCCCCCAGCCUUCGGGGCCAAACCAAAUGCCGCCCCUGUGUUUGGACAGCAGACCAACUCCACACCUGUAUUUGGAGCUGCUGCAAAUUCUGCACCAGGGGGAGGCUUUCAGUUUGGAGGAGCCAGUGCAUUUGGAGCUACAAACAACACCUCAGGAGGAGGAGUGUUUACUUUUGGAGCAGGAUCAGCAGCUUCUCCAGCCCCCCCUGCGAACCCCUCCGUCGCACCCCAGCCAGGACCACCUGGAGGUGGAUUCAACUUUUCACAACCGCCUGCAUUCAAUAUUGGGUCAACAAAAUCUUUCACCGCCUCUCCUGCUGGACAGCAAUCGAUUGCUGGGCGGAAGAUCAAGACAGCGGUGCGGCGCAGAAAGUAGAGCCCUGUGGACUCGACUAUAAAGUAGACAUGACUUUUGACUUGACUGUAUCCCCACUGAAGGCUGAAUAAAGUCCUAAAACGUCUCAGCUAGACGAACACUGAAAUGACUUGGCAUGUGAAGAAGGGCAGAGGCUUGAGGCCACUUUGUGCUCGGGCUGGGCUGAACGGGUGGGCGUGUUUUAGCUGCAGGCUGGGCUGAUCAUUCAGAGGUUUUCACUUGUAGACCGGAGCCAUUAUUGUGCGAGACUAAUCCCACAGGACUUCACAUGAAAAAAACUGUUGACUCAACAUGACACAGACUUAGAAAACAACAAUCAAGCAAGGACCCCUGCUCAACAUGAUGAUACAACAAGACAGUCAUAUCUAUAUUUUCAACACUG